GCCUUGUCACACUGUGUCAUGCUGAAUAUCCCCGAGAACUACGUUAAGGGUACACGUGUCUGUGGAGUGCUCGGUCACUUGCACGUUAAUUUCACGAGCAGGCUGUUUCCGUUGAUCGGAUCAACUGGAACCCUCGGCGUCGUAAGCGGCGCAGUGCCAACAACAAAUGACUGGACUAAACUAACUGAAGCUGACUAUUCACGAAGCAGGUGAUUCGGAGUUAUUUCCCUGUUACUGGUUAUCUCUUCCGGUGUCACCGAACUCACGUUGUCUUCAUCGAUGCAAUUACUUUCACCAAUUAAUUAGUUAAUCUUAUACCUACACGAAAAUGCCCAAAUACAAGCUGAAGAAGAUUAAACUUGCAGAGUACGAAAGAAAAUCCGAGGGAGACCUCUCAAUAAACGGAGACGAGGUACAGUUGUCUGAGGCUGGUGCAGAUGUGUCCAAUGAUAGCGAUGAUGCACCUGAAGAGGUGACCUUCAGCACGAGUAAGAAAGCCACAUUGGAAACGGCACGGCAGGUGCAUGAAAAUCUCAGAGAUAUUAAUGAAAAGAAGAAAGAGAAGAGAAAGCGAAUUCAAGAAAGAAACACACGGCAAAAGUUAGAAAAACAGAAGGCAGUUCAAGUAUUAGACGAAAAGUCUUCAGAGACUGGAACUGUUUCAAAGACAGCUGUACCACAGUUGCCAGCAGCAUUUAGUGAUGAUGAUGAUGAUGAUGAUGAAAUUGAUGAUGAUGAUGAAGAGAAACAAACAGAUAAUCCGUCAGAUAGAGAAGAUGAAGUGGAGUUUACAGAAGAUGAAAAUUUCAUCCCCUUAACCAGAGGAAUCAAAGUCGUUCCAUUGACAAAAAGGAUUAACAAAACAGCAAAUUCUGCAUUAAACUUUCGGCAACAGUCUCUUUAUGGUAACAGGAUUAAAAGAGAUUCUGCAAAAGACUACUUCAUGAAGAAAACGAAGAAAAGAGCAAGAUAAAACACUUGAAUAAAUAAACACUUUAUAUUUGUAAAAAGAAA